AACAAAAACAACACUUGGUAAACACAACAAACAUAAAAUAGACAUAUCACAGUCGUAGUCGCUAUGGGAACGAGUUUUAACAUAUUUUAUUUGGGAUAUGAACAUUGUACAAUUAAAUCAAACGAAAGCAAAGAAAACUAAUACUCAACAUCAUGUUUGUAUAUUUAAGUAAAAAGAUUGCCAUACCAAACAAUGUAAAAUUGAAUUGCAUAGCUUGGAAUAAGGAGCAUGGGUACAUAGCUGUCGCUGGUUCUGAGGGCCUACUUAAGGUGUUGAAACUAGAGCAAGCAUCCAGUGGGCCAAAUAAGGGGAAUCUAGCUGCCGUAUCAAACUUGUCCAUGAAUCAAACACUGGACGGGCAUAAGGAAGGGGUUAAAGUGGUCACUUGGAAUGAGACGCAGCAGAAAUUGACUUCUUCGGAUCUGGAUGGAGUCAUUAUGGUUUGGAUGAUCUAUAAAGGUUCUUGGUACGAAGAGAUGACUAAUGAUCGCAAAAAAUCCACCGUUAAUAGUAUGAGUUGGACAUCUGAUGGUGCCAAAAUAUGCAUAGUGUAUGAAGAUGGGGCCAUUAUUGUAGGCUCAGUGGAUGGAAAUCGUAUAUGGGGCAAGGAACUAAAGAAUACACAUUUAACUAGUGUGCAAUGGAGUCCGGAUAAUCGCUUGAUUUUAUUUGGUUUAGCUAAUGGUGAAUGUCAUCUAUAUGACAACCAAGGAAAUUUUGCGAUGAAGCUAAAUAUACAAUGCGUCUCGCUCAGUCCAAAUAGAAACUUUAGAAUUUCGGCACUUUGUUGGUACAGCGGAAGAGCACCAUCCAACAGACCAGUUCUAGCGAUUUGUUUUGAGACGUGCAAAUUGCAAAUUAUGCGUAAUGAAAUCGAUGACGCCCCAGUUAUCAUCGAUACUGGCAUGCGAAAUAUAGACGCGGAGUGGAAUCAAGACGGUUCUGUACUAUCUGUUUGUGGAACUCUUAUAGAUUACAGUACUUCGAAGGAAUCAAAUCAAGUAAACUUUUACUCGCCAUUCGGACAGUUGAUACGCAUUCUGAAGGUUCCAGGAAAUGAGAUCUCUUCCCUUUCAUGGGAAGGAAAAUCUUUACGUAUUGCAAUGGCUGUAGAUUCAUUCAUAUAUUUUGCAAAUAUACGUCCCGAUUAUAUGUGGUGCUAUUUUGAAAAAACUGUUGUUUUCCUAAACAAAAACAAUACUAAUCAUAUUCGUAAUUCAACGACGAAUGUUAUCACAUUCUGGAAUACACUUUCUAAUCAGAGUUUUCUAAAGGAAGUCGAACCUGCAUUGGGGAUGGCUGCUUGCAGCGAGUAUUGCGUUUUAGCUGUAGAAUGCUUAAAUAGUAAUAUGAAGGAAAAUAUUAUUACUGAUGCUAAAAAUCAAAAUCAGAAUGACGAUAAAUGCUAUCAGUUAAUGUUGUGCAAUUCUAUUGGAACUACUGUGGACUCUAAAUACACUGAUAUGAAACCAAAUUUCAUUGGCAUUAAUUCUGGACAUGUAACAAUAGCCUCUUUUGAUGAAGUACUCAUUUGGCAUUACAACACUCCCAAGAGCGCAGCGAAUUUGCAUGGGGCGAAGGGACGUAAAGAGAAUCGGUUUCAUAUAGAUGAUACGCCAACUGGCGUCGAAAUGGCAAAAGAUUUAGUAAUUGCUACAGGUGGAGCAAGUGGUGAUAGAAAAGCCUAUAAGCAACAUGUUAACAUAGAUCCCAUAUGUGCACUCGCUAUGUCCGAGAAAAUAUUGUUGGUGGCACGUUCCUCGGGCAUUAUAAAUGAGUAUAGUGUACCGAAUGUAGCACUGCGAAAUCGUCAUAAGAUCAAUGCAACACCUCAUAAAUUGGCUAUUAAUUGCAAUUCUAGUCGUGCGGCCGUUAUAGAUGAUGUUGGUGUUAUGACGUUGCUAGAUUUAGAGGAUGAUCGUCAAUCACAGGUGAAUUUUAAUCGAGUUGAACGAAAGGAUGUUUGGGCUGUUUGUUGGGCCAAGGAUAAUCCUUUAUUACUCGCAUUAAUGGAGAAGACACGCAUGUAUGUAUUUCGUGGCAAUGAUCCCGAAGAACCUAUUUCUUGUUCCGGUUAUAUAUGUGCUUUUGAAGAUUUGGAGAUCACUAGUGUUCUGCUUGAUGACAUAAUUAGUGGCGAUGAGACUCAAAAUUCUGUUAAUCAUAUUAUACAGUUGCGAGUUAAAUCGUUGCGUGACACCGAUGAUCUGCUGCAACAUGUGGGCUUAGAAGACGCGAAGCAAUUCAUUGAAGAUAAUCCACACCCACGCUUAUGGCGUUUGUUGGCUGAGGCGGCAUUAAAGAAACUCGAAUUAGGAACCGCUGAAAAUGCAUUUGUUCGCUGCGCUAAUUAUCAGGGGAUUCAAUUAAUAAAACGUAUGCGAAAUAUCACAACGCCCAUGCUACAAAAAGCUGAAGUGGCCGCUUUCUAUGGUGAGUUCGAGGAAGCUGAAAAAUUAUAUAUGGAUGCUGAUAGAAGAGAUUUGGCCAUCAAUCUGCGCAUUACUCUAUGCGACUGGUUUCGUGCCGUUCAACUCUAUCGUAUGGGUUCGGGUGUGUCCGACCAACAAAUGGAAAUCGCUUGGCGUGAAAUUGGCAAUCAUUUUGCAAGUUUACGUUCAUGGGAGAGCGCAAAAGAAUACUAUGAAAAAUCACAUCACUUAGAAGGUUUAAUGGAUGCUCUUUACCAUCUUGAGAGAUUUGAUGAGUUGGAUCAAUGCAUUGAUAAAUUACCUGAGAAAAGUCCAUUGUUAGCAAAAAUAGCCGAAAUGUUGGCUUCAGUUGGAAUGUGCACAGAGGCAGUCAAGGCGUACUUAAAAAUGGGCGAUCCUAAAUCGGCGGUAAAUGCUUGUGUUAAUCUUCGACAAUGGGGAGAGGCGGUACAACUUGCUCGAAAAUUCGAUAUGCCACAAAUUGGAGAAUUGCUAUGCAAGCAUGCAACACAGCUUAUCAAAGAAGAUCGUCUACCUGAAGCAAUCGAACUUCAAAAGAAAGCCGGAUUCUAUUUGGAAGCCGCGCGUUUGUUGGGUAAACUGGCUCAACGAGAAGCGGAGAAAGAUACCAGUAUGUUACGUAUUAAGAAGCUCUAUAUUCUGGCUGGAUUAUUAUCCGAGGAACAUCUAAAAUCGUUGAGUACAGCUGAAUUGAGUUACAAAGUUGAUAGAAAUUCUAUAUUGGACACGAUGAGUCCAGAGGACGCACAUGUCGUUGAACAUAUGUGGCAUGCGGCGGAAGCUUAUCACUUUAUGAUGUUGGCACAGCGUCAGUUACGUUUUGGUAUUGCACACAGUGCGGUAGUUACUGCAUUGCGCUUGUGCGAUUACGAUGAUAUUUUGCCGGCAGAAGAUGUAUAUAAUAUACUCGCACUUUCCUGCUGUGCAGAUCGAUCCUUUGGAACAUGCGUCAAGGCUUUUACAAAGUUAGAAGGUUUGGAGAAUAUUCCGGAGUGUAGAGUCCAUGAGUAUAAACAGCUUGCGGAAAGUAUUUUUUCCAAGUAUACCACUGAAGAUACCAAAAAUGAAACGGUUAAAUGUUACGCAUGCAAUUCGCCGGUGCCCGAUAGUUUGCCGGUCUGUACAGUUUGUGGCGCUCGUUUUCCAGCAUGUGUGUCUUCAGGCAAACCUAUCACUCAACCCACAAGCAAUAUUUGGAUUUGUGGCAUCUGUCACCAUUGUGCUGCUCCAGUUGAAAUCUCACGCCAUCAUACCUGUCCUCUCUGUCAUAGUUUGAUAAUUUCAAUGACGCUUGAAAUUUAAUAUAAAGUUCAGACGGUCAUAACAAGUAUAUAUUCACUUAACCUGUAGGAAUAGGGACAUUUAUAUUACUGAUUGCUUGCCUUGAAAGAAGCGGGCGAUGAUUUCUUAUUUAAAUUAUAUUUAUCACAGUAAAGAGA